UGUUGUAGAAUUCUGAGCAACAAUAAGAUAUCUGGUUUGAAGAAUGGUUCCUUUGCUGGACUAAGCCUUCUGGAACGAUUAGAUCUUAAGAACAAUCUCAUAAGUGUGAUAGAUCCAGGAGCUUUUCUAGGACUUACAUCUCUGAAAAGACUAGAUUUAACAAAUAACCAAAUAGGAUGCCUGAAUGCAGAUAUUUUUAAAGGAUUAACAAAUCUCAUUAGACUAAAUCUUUCAGGAAAUUUAUUUUCGUUGCUUGCCCAAGGAACCUUUGAUCAUCUAACUUCAUUAAAAGCUCUUGAAUUUCAGACAGAUUAUCUGCUUUGUGAUUGUAAUAUGUUAUGGAUGCAGCAGUGGUUACAAGAAAGAAAUAUAACUGUUCGUGACACCAGAUGUGCAUACCCAAAGUCACUGCAGGCUCAACCAAUUUUGAGUGUUAAGCAAGGGCUUCUAACAUGUGAUCCCCCCUUGGAAUUGCCAUCUUUCUCCAUGACUCCCUCUCAUCGGCAGGUUGUAUUUGAAGGAGACAGCCUGCCUUUCCAGUGCAUGGUUUCAUAUAUUGAUCAAGACAUGCAGGUUCUUUGGUAUCAGGAUGGGAAGAUUGUGGAAACUGAUGAAUCCCAGGGUAUUUUUGUUGAGAAGAAUAUGAUUCAUAAUUGCUCUGUAAUUGCAAGUGCCCUGACCAUCUCAAAUAUUCAAGCUGGAUUUACUGGAAACUGGGGGUGUCAUGUGCAUUCCAGACGUGGGAAUAAUUCAAAGACUGUGGACAUUGUGGUAUUGAACAGCUCUGCGCAGUACUGCCCACCAGAAAGGGUUGUCAACAAUAAAGGUGACUUCAGGUGGCCCAGAACUUUGGCAGGCAUCACUGCGUACCUGCUGUGCACUCGAUACUCCGCUGGCAGUGGAAUCUACAUGGGCAGCUCUCAGGAUGAGAAGAGAGCUUGGCGCAGAUGUAGUAAGGGAGGACUCUGGGCUGAAGAGGAUUACUCUCGUUGCCAAUACGCAAAUGAUGCUACUAGAGUCCUGUAUAUGUUCAAUCAGAUGCCUCUGAAUCUCACCAAUGCUGUAGCCACAGCCCGACAGCUAUUGGCAUACACUGUAGAAGCAGCAAACUUCUCUGACAAAAUGGAUGUUAUUUUUGUGGCUGAAAUGAUAGAAAAAUUUGGAAGAUUUGCUGAGAAAUACAAAGAGCUAGGGGACGUGAUGGUUGAUAUUGCUAGUAACAUAAUGCUAGCUGAUGAACAUAUACUGUGGAUGGCCCAGAGAGAAGCCAAAGCCUGUACUAGAAUUGUACAGUGCUUACAAAGGAUUGCAACGUACCGGCUAGCUAAUGGGGCUCAGGUUUACUCAACGUAUUCUCCAAAUAUUGCAGUGGAAGCUUAUGUAAUAAAGGGCUCUAGCUUUACUGGGAUGACCUGCACUGUAUUCCAGAAAAUAGCUGCAACAGAUCGCACAGGGUUUUCUGACUAUGGACGAAGAGAUCUGGAUGGAAGUCUUGACAAGCAACUGGGCUUUAAAUGCAAUGUCUCAAAUACAUUGUCAAGCCUAGCACUUAAGAACACGGUUGUGGAGGCUUCUAUACAAUUGCCACCUGCUUUGUUUUCACAAAGGCACAAAAGAGAAAUCAGGCCCACGGAGAAUGCUGUCUACAGGCUUCAACUGAUUGCGUUCCGUAAUGGGAAACUUUUCCCGUCCACAGGGAAUUCAACAACUUUAACUGCUGACAGAAAACGCCUCACUGUGGUGACCCCAGUCAUCCUCACCAAAACAGAUGGCAUAAGUCUACCAUAUCAGGACGUUCCCAUUAAUGUGACCCUCCGCCGCAUUGCACAUGGAACAGAAGCUGUUGCAGCUCAGUGGGACUUUGAUUUACUGAACGGACAAGGUGGUUGGAAAUCAGAUGGAUGCCAUAUCCUUUUUUCUGAUGAAAAUGUCACAACCAUACAGUGUUUCUCACUCAGUAAUUAUGCAGUCUUGAUGGAUUUGACAGGGUAUGCCCAGUCAGCUGACCUUCUACAUCCAGUUAUCUAUGUGUCUGCUGUGAUUCUGCUGAUGUGCCUCUUGAUGAUCAAAAUUAGCUACAUAUAUCACCACAGUGUCAUCAGGAUCAGUCUUAAAAGCUGGCACAUGUUAAUAAACCUCAGCUUUCAUAUUUUCCUGACAUGUGUGGUAUUUAUUGGAGGCAUAACCCAGAGCAAGCAUGCUAGCAUCUGCCAAGCAGUUGGGAUAAUCUUGCACUAUUCUACCCUUGCCACAUUGUUGUGGAUGGGAGUCACAUCUAGGAACAUCUAUAAGCAAGUCACUAGAAAAGCCAAACAGUGCCAGGACCCCGGGGAACCACCCCCUCCUCCAAGGCCGAUGCUGAGGUUUUACCUAAUUGGUGGAGGAAUCCCUGUGAUAGUUUGUGGGAUAACAGCUGCUGCAAAUAUAAGAAAUUAUGGGAGCAAACCGCACUCGGCGUAUUGUUGGAUGGCAUGGGAACCAAGUUUGGGAGCAUUUUAUGGACCUGCUGGCUUCAUUAUUUUUGUAAAUUGCAUGUAUUUUCUCAGCAUAUUUAUACAACUGAAAAGGCACCCUGAACGUAAGUUUGAACUUAAGGAACCGAGCGAAGAGCAGCAGCGCCUGGCCACCAAUGAACAUGGCAGCCUGAACAAUCAAGAUUCUCUGUCCGUGUCGUUGGUUUCCACUACAGCUUUGGAAAAUGAGCAUAGCUUCCAUGCACAACUUCGAGGCGUGAGCCUCACUUUAUUUUUGUAUGUGGCUUUGUGGAUUUUGGGGGCCCUCUCUGUUUCUUCCUCUUACCCCUUGGAUUUAGUCUUCAGUUGCUUUUUUGGAGUCCUUUGUUUGUGCCUUAGCAGUUUUUUAAUAAUGCAUCAUGGCGUUAAUAGAGAAGAUGUCCGACGUUCUUGGUUAACGUCCUGCUGUCCUGGAAGGAGCACGUAUUCGGUACAAGUUAACAUUCAGCCCUCUUCCAGUGCAGGUGGCCCAAAUAGCGAUCCUGCCAAGUGCACCAAUAGCAGUGCAGAAUCAUCGUGCACUAACAAAAGUGCAUCAAGCUUAAAGAAUUCUUUGCAAGGUUGCAAAUUAACCAAUAUCCAGGUUGCGGCAGCCCAGUGUCCUCUGGGUAUUGUAGCACCAAACCCUGGCCCUCCUCUUGACAACAGUCUUACUGAACACUCUGUGGACAAUGAAAUUAAAAUGCAUGUAGCCCCUUUAGAGAUGCCCUUACGGACGAAUGGGCACCCCAGUCGCCAUCACAAAAACAGAAGCAAAGGACACCGUGCCAGCAGACUGACUGUCUUACGGGAAUAUGCUUACGAUGUUCCCACUAGCGUAGAAGGAAGCAUCCAGAAUGGCUUAAUUAAGACACGUCAAAGUAUUACUGAAGGGCAUUCAAGGACCCGAAGAGCCUAUCUGGCAUACAGGGAACGGCAGUAUAACCAGUCCCAGCCAGACAGCAGUGAUGCUUACAGCACUCUUCAGAAAGGACACCGGAACACUGAUAAAACGGUGCCUCCCACCUCCAAAAAAGACACGCUAAGGAAGCCCAUGGUGGUUGAGCUGGAAGGGCAGCAAAAGUCCUAUGGCUUAAAUUUAGCAGUCCAGAACGGGCCCCUGAAAAGCAGUGCCCAGGAUGGGACGUUUCUGAGUGCUGACAGCACUGGAAAUAUCAGGACUGGCUUAUGGAAACAUGAAACUACUGUGUAGUGCUACUGAACAUCCCUAAAAGGGCUUAAGAGGACCACUUGUUUUCUGUGCUUGACUCAUAAAGGUAUUUUGAAUGGGAGAUCUGCCAUUGGAUACACCUUAGAAAGUAUCUGUGACAUUUUUAUAGUCCAGUUGCUCUUUCAUGGAUCUUUCAUUACCAGUCCCUGUUUUGAGAUGCCAAACUGGACAGUUAAAAUUUUUUUCCAUGUAAGAUCAUUCUUCAAUAUGUCCAAUACAUUUCACUUUUGUAUUUAAAUGUGUAAAAUAAAUUAC